GAGAGACACUGUAGGGUGACACAGAGAUCUCCCAGAGGAGCUCCAGCUCUCAGGCGGUGAAAGACAAGCAGGAGAAGACCGUUUGGUCCGGGCACAGGAGAGUCUUCAAUGGCUAAUCAAGAGUGGGCAAGGUGGGGAUACGAGGACACCGAGGCAUGCGGACCACGGCCUGGUUCUGGAAACUGACUAACCUUCCACUUCUUCUUUCGCGAGAGAUGAGCAAAGACAAGAGAAAAUAGCAGGAAGAAAGAAAAGAAAAAACAAGCAACUACUCGCAACCGAGAAGGGGAGAUGUCCAAGACGUCUUCCCGCCUGGGUCGACCUGGAUCCAAGAACUUCAGUUCAAGGAUGGACCUGCAAGGUAACCGCUCAUGCAUGCUGCGCAUCGGGGAGAGGCUGAUGAGAGCCGGCAGCGAGGGAAACUUGGCCCCAAGGCCCUUUUUGACCCAGAGCCAGAACCAAAACAAGGCUUCCGGAUUAGGACAAGGACCUGAUGGAACAACCAAAGUGGACUCCUCUGUGGAGGACAAGGUCCUGGAGCCUGCAGGGAAGUAUUGUAGUGAAGACCCCGGGACCCCGUCUGUGGCCCCCUGCGCCUCGGCUCUGAGCUGUGAGGCGGAGCCAGUGAGCACGCGUCACGCCAACAACAACCUGUUCCCGGACCCCGGUGGACCUCCCGCCUCUCCCGCCACGCGUCCUCGAAACCACGUGGAGAGUGUGCAGGUGGCGAGGAAGAAGGAGGUGUUCCUGGACCACCUGAGGCAGAAGUAUCCCGACCACGCCGACAUCAUCCUGGGACACCACGAGGAGAAGAUGCGGGGCCCCGUGGCCCCUGGGGGUCGGUGUGAAGCAGACAUGAGUGAUGGAGACUGGCAGACGGUCCCUUUCUCCAGGGGCUGCAGGUCCAGGUCUAGUCUGCCUGUGGGACGAUCUGGCAACCAAGACCAGGAGCCGCUUGGUGUGCUGUACCUGCAGUAUGGAGACCAGACCAAGCAGGUCCACGUGGCCACAGAGAUCAGCAGUGAGCAGGACCUGCACCACCUCUUUCUGGCGGCUUUCCCUCAGCAGCUCACCGCCAACAUGCUAACGUCUCCCAACAUGGCCGUCUACAUCAAAGACGCUCGCCGCAACCUCUACUUCCACCUGGAGGACCUCAGAAACAUCACAUCCCGCUCAUGUCUGAAGGUUUAUCACAAAGAUCCAUCGCACGUGUUCAACCGCCACGCCCGGCCCGCCGCCGCAGAAGGACGGGUGGCGUACGGCAGUCACAGUCCAGUCCACACGCUGUCAUCGCCUGGCCGAGCCGCCCUGCAGAGCUCCAUGUCGCCCCCUAUGGUGCGUUCAAUGCCCUCCUCGCCCUCCAGGUUGGCCUACAGUGGGAGGAGCUCCCCGGCGGGGGCGGGGGCGGAUGCGGGCGGUGCUGCCUUGCUCAGUGACCGGCUAUCUGGGACGGGGCGGUCCGGCAGCUUGAGCGGCAGCAGCGCCAUACUGGAGAGGAGAGACGUCAAACCUGAUGAAGACGUAAACAACAACAAGAAGAAGACCAUGGCCCUGGUGCUGCGUGCAGAAGGAGGACUACAUUACCCAGAAUCCCUCAGCAGCUUAGCUUCCUGCCAGAGUAGUGCUUCUUCUUCACUAGCAGCAGACGUGCAGGACUGUGGUCUCUCUGGCAUCUCUGCUGGUCUGCAGCAGUACCACGCCUCCAUCAAACCUCUACUGGGUCACCAAGACACCUUGGAACACCAAACACAAUCCUCACACAGACAAAGAGGAAACAGGAAGUACGCCGACAGCCAACUUCCUGCCUUCCCCAGCCAAACCCCGCCCCCUUCCCCUCAAAGAGUGAAAGAAGUGAAGAUGGCCAAUCAGAUCAUCGGGGGGUUAGGUCUGGUCUCCGCAGACAAGAUGGCUUCCAGGCGGACACCUUCAAGGCGGGAAAGUGAGGGCGUUGCCAUGGAGACCAUGAGCAGGAGCAGAGGCAGUGGCUCCUCCUCCUCCUCCUCCUCCGUCUUUCUGGACUUUGGCCCCGCCCCCUCUGAACCGCUGGGUCACAUGACCGCCUUCCACGCUCAGAGUGAGAGACUGAGGGCCAUGGAGGAACAGAUCUCCAGUCUAGCAGGAAUGGUCCAACAUGUUUUGUCCACAGGAGACAAGAACACAUUUGUCAGUGAGAGCAGAGAGAAAAGUCCAGCAGUUGCGAUGAGCGACAGAAUUAGUUCCGCCUCCUCCGUCGCUCGCCAGGCUCCGCCCACCGAGAGCAAAGCCCAGCAGAGUUUGGCGCAGCUGACAAGAAGUGUGUGUGACCUUCGACUGCAGCUGACUCACCUGAGACACCUGCAGGUGUCGCAGCAGCAAAGCACCAGGUCCAUGCUGCGGAUGGCCGAGCAGGAGCUGGUCUUGCUGAUGUCCGAGCGCUGGUCUCAGACCGAGGACAGGACUUGUGGACCACGAGCCCAGAUGGAGGAGGAGAGACUGCACUACCUGGCCACUGAGGAGAGCAUCCUGCAACAACUCAGCCACCUGGAGGCGUACGUGAGUCGCUUGCAGACAAGCGGCGUUUCUUUUCCUGCCCACGUGCCCACGGCCCUGAGAGACGUGGAGGAGGGGGCGGUGAACCUGCGCAGAGUCGGCCAGACCCUCGCCGCCCUGAAAGAAGAGUUUCCGGAACUGCAAGUGAAGAUGCGCUCAAUGCUCCGGUUGGAGAUGGACGCGGUGCGGUUUUUGAAGGAGGAGCCCCACAAGAUGGACUCCAUGUUGAAGAGGGUCAAAGCCCUGACUGAAGCUCUCAGCUCCCUCCGCAGAUGCGUGUCGGAAUCAAGUCCCCCAGCCAGGGGGGAGUCCGUAAGAGUCCUGGAAGCGGACCAGGAGCGGAGUCCGCACACCUCCCCGAAACCGCAGCCCCGAAACCGCGCUCCACCUGGUCUCCCUUCCACUUUAGCGCAGCCUGAGCUGGUGUUUGCAGGCCCAGGUUCUCCGGUCUCAACACGCAGAGUGAAGACCACCGUGAUCCAAGCCCACCAGCAUAGUCCGCCCCUGACGCCCACCCACGGUCGAGACCUACCAACUGUGGCUAAGGUGAGUCCUCGCAGUCGAGAGGGAAGCCCCGCCCUGCAGAAGCGGUCUGGUCCUGACACCGUCCGCUCCGGUGAAGUUCACAGGUCCAGUGUGCCAGAACCCAGUCACACCUUGGACCAGACUGCAGGGAGACAAAGUCCAGAAGGAAGUCCCAAGCGGACCUCCGAGGUCACCAAAGACUUGGACCAAGUCCUCCGGGAGGCCCGGGCCAGUCUGACCAAGUCCACCCCGGACCCGGGUCCGUCCCACGGCGGAGGGGCUCACUCGGAGAACCCCUUGGACCUGACCCUGCAAGCGUCACCGGGUGGAGGUCAGGAACACAGACCGGGUGGAGGUCAGGAACACAGACCGGGUGGAGGUCAGGAACACAGAUCGACACAGCGGAGUCAACAAGCGGCUCUUUCUCUGCUGGAGACCAAAGCAGAAGCAGAAGCUCCUCCGUCGGCGUCUCCGAGCAGCAGGCGGAGCCCCCGGCCGCAGGUGGAGAAGCCUCGGCGACCCAGCGUGGAGAAGAAGCCGAGUCCCGACCCAAGUCACUCCUCCCCGAGUCCCCCGAGGAGGUCGCAGGCCCUCAGCAGCGGUGUAGCCGCGGGAAGGAGUGGAGAAGUUCUCUUCACCGCCAGGAAGGAAGCUGCUGGAUCACAGAAGGACGUGGGAGACAAAGAGACGUCUGUUGUUCCUCAAGCUAAACCCCCGAGACAAGCGCCAGAAGUCAAACCUAAACCUGUGGACGCUCCUGCGGACCAUGAAGCUGACCGGAGGUUUAUGAAAGAACUGCAGGUUACUCCAGAAACGCCCAGCAGUACUUUGCCAAGUGAGAAAGGUAUGUUCGAAGUCCAACCAAAGACACUUCCAGAAGCAAAGGUGGCUGGUCAGAAUCCCUCGCUGACAAUGAACACCAAGUCAAAGUCCCAUGUAGAACCUCCUGGUGGUCGCCCUGACAACCAUUCGAUGACUGUCGCAUCAGGGGGAGUCUAUAAAUCUGGGCAAGGGUCUCACCAGAACGAAGAAAACAAAAUAGUCGAACACGAAUCGAAGUCCAACGUUAUGCGAACUCUGAAGAGUGAGGGACCUCCAAGUGCAGUCUCCAGAACUGAUCAAGUCCAAAACAUUGAGGAACGUUUGAGCCAAGAUAAAGAGGGCGUGUCUCGGGUGGCCAGAACGGGCGAUCGGGCAACCGUCCGUUCAAUCCCAGAAAACAGGAUUUUAACAACAGACACAGAAAUAGCUGCUGAGCUUGAGAAGUGUGCUCUCAGUUUAGCAGACUUGCAAAGACCACAAACUUCAGGCGUUUGUGUCCAAGAAUCGUCGCCAGACCGUAAGCAGGACCCAAAUGCAGACAUGGACAGAAAUGGCAAGCAGCCAACCCAAAAGCUCGAUUUGCAGCACUCUGAAGAAGAAGGGAGUUUGAGUCCUGAUAUUUUAGACGAUGGGGGAUCACCUCCCCCACCUCCUCCAGCCAGUAAGAUUGCCCUUCGCUUGGCAAAGAAAAAAAUCAGAGCACGGUCCAAAGAACAAGAUCUGGACCGAGGGAAUGUCUCUGGCACCCAAACAACAGCAGCUUUAGGAAAAGCGGUGCAGCCCAUUGGUCGGGUUUAUGAUAACCAAGGUUUUGAGGACAAUGAUGGCUAUGACAAGCAGCCCUUUAUUGACCUUCAGUUAGACUUUAAGCGCCUGUCUACGAUCUUUGAAUCAGAGGAGGAUCUGGAUCGGAUUGUUUCUCCAGUGAGUCCUGUGGCAGAGGAGGAUGUUGAGCAAGUCUCCUUAGCAAACAUAAGCUCAGGAUCCAAAGACAUUUCACUGCCAAACCGACCUCAAACAGAUAACUCUGUGGAUGGAAACCAAGACAGGAGUAAACCAGUUUCACUCCCUAAGGCAGUGACUAAAUUUAAAUUCAAGUUUCCCAAAAGCAAACUGGCUGCUAUUGGCGUGACCAUUCGAUCAGGGAAAACCGGAAAGAAGACUCCUGAAGUGGCUGUACCAAAACAAGAGGAAGUAACGACAUCAGACCGAAAGCCUGAGUCCAAGAAACUGAGCAAAAAAUCUGGCAGGUUUAGGAUUCCUGGGUCCAAAAAAAACCUCAGCCAUGACAAGCUCAAUGGAACUAGUCCAGAUUCUUCUUUUACCAGCGAACACAUCUUUAAGCCCAAGUCCCACAGCCAAGCAGAAGAGCUGAGUAAGACAACCUCAAACUCCUUUGACAGUUUAGAUGAGUCCAUUAAACGUCUGGAAAUCAGCAAAGACAGUUUCAGAAGGUCUUCCUCUUCUGUGGCUCCUUUUCCUGCUGCGUUGCCCGCCUCUUCCUCCAGUGACAGGGCUCCUCCUUCAGGCAAGGUCAGGCGACAGAGGGAAGGAAGCCCAUCAAAGAGGCCGGCCUCUGAGAUCCCCACCAGCCCAAAUUCACCCAAGAGCAAGCGGGUCAAACCGCAACCUCCAAACUAACCAGUGAAAUCCUCUACCGAGAAACAGGUUUGACCUAGCCGGUUAGUUUCAUUGGUGAUGGAAACUUUGGUCUGUAUGACUGACGUGUUCUGGGGUUUCUGGUGAGGGUUUCUCUACGCUGGCAGAAAAAAGCUUAUUUUACAAAUCCAUACUAGAAAAAGACCAGCGCAGGUCAAUGUCCCGUCUGUAACAUCCAGGAUUGGUCGUUAAUAGGAAGAUCAGCAUCCUGAUAGCAAACACCCUUUCCAAAAACCCUUUGGUGUUUUGAUUUGCAACCUUACUGGCUUGAAGUCACUUCACACGUGGACUAAUGCAGCUUUCUGGUCACAUGUUCGUACUGCCUCUCUUCUGCAUUUUGUUCAAGAGGCGGACUACAACCUGGACCGGUCUCUGGCCAUUCACAGGGUGACUUUGAUAGGUCUUCGACUGGCGAUCAAGCUCUUUAGCGUCAACGACCACCAUUAAGUACCCUUUCGAAGUAUUUCAACCUUUUGGUGGUCAUGUAAGACCUAAACUCGGCAGAGGUCUCUCAAAUGAGGUGCCUGUAGUUUCAUUUCAGUAUAAGACCGUGGGUCCAGGGUGUGGCUACCUCUUGCCCAAACCACUUUCAGCUUUUUCUGCAUCUUCCAGACCAUGUUUUGUCUUGUGGCCU